UCUCUUUCUCUCUCUCUCUCUCUCUCCCCCACUGUUCACAGGACGACACUGUCACUAAAAGCCCACUCCAUGCUCUGCUCUGCUCUUCUCCGUUCCUAUAUUAGCUGCUCAGCUCCGUAUCCUCUUCCCUGAUUAUCUCUACGGACGAACAGGGCUCGGUGCAAAACCGCCAUUUUUGUCCUCCCCAAGAAGAGGAAGAAGAUGAUUAGAAUGGGGUCCCCUCAGGCUCGGGUUCCCUCCCUCCUCUGCUUUGCCUUCUCGUCGCUGCUCCUCUCCGCCUGCUCCUCGUCCAGCGACCUCGACGUCCUCCUCAAGCUCAAGCCUGCCCUUACUGGCCCCGGCGGCUCCGGCCUCCACGACUGGGUCGCCCCCAACCCCUCCUCUCUCUCUCCCACCGCCCACUGCUCCUUUUCCGGCGUCUCCUGCGACCGUGACUCCCGGGUUGUCUCCCUCUACGUGGUCUUCGUCCCCCUGUUCGGUUACAUACCCCCGGAAAUCGGCCUCCUCGACGGGCUCGUCAACCUGACGCUCGCCGCUGACAACCUCACAGGGCCUCUUCCCCAGGAGAUGGCCAAGCUCACGUCCCUUCGCCUCCUCAACCUUUCUAACAAUGGCCUCCUCAACGGGAGCUUCCCCGGAGAGAUCCUGGCAGGGAUGACGGAGCUUGAGGUCCUCGACGUCUACAACAACAACUUCACGGGUUCGCUGCCGGUGGAGGUUGUAGGCCUGAAGAAGCUGAGGGAGCUCCAUCUUGGUGGGAACUACUUCACCGGCGAAAUCCCGGAGGCCUUCGCCGAGAUUGAGGGCCUCGAGUACUUCGGCGUUCAAGGCAAUACCCUGACCGGUAAGGUUCCAGUGAGCUUUGCACGGCUGAAGAACCUUCGGGGCCUCUACCUGGGCUACUUCAACAAUUACACCAGCGGAAUCCCGCCUGAAUUCGGCUUGCUGAGCCAGCUCGAAGUGCUCGACAUGGGGAAUUGCAACCUCUCCGGUGAGAUCCCUCCAAGCCUAGGCCAGUUGAAGAACCUGAACACUCUCUUCCUCCAAGUCAACAAGCUCACUGGAACCGUUCCCCCGGAGCUCUCGGACCUCGGUAGCCUCAUGUCCCUUGAUCUCUCCAUCAAUUCCCUCACUGGAGAAAUCCCCAUGAGUUUCUCCAAGCUGAAGAACCUGAAACUACUCAAUCUCUUCCGGAACAAUAUGGUUGGCUCGAUCCCUGAGUUCAUUGGGGACCUGCCCAACUUAGAGGUGCUCAAGGUGUGGGAGAACAACUUCACAUGGAAGCUGCCUGAGAAUCUAGGGCGGAACGGGCGGUUUUUAGAGCUUGAUGUCACCUCGAACCACUUCACUGGACUGAUCCCUCCGGACCUCUGCAAAAGUGGGAAGUUGAAGUACCUGAUACUAAUGGAGAACAACUUCUUCGGUCCAAUACCUGAAGGAUUGGGCAAAUGCCCGUCCCUCCAGAAGGUCCGAAUCGCCAAGAACUGGCUGAAUGGAACCAUUCCCGCAGGGAUCUUUAAUCUGCCUAAAGCUGAGAUAAUUGAACUAAACGAUAAUAUAUUCUCUGGAGAGCUGCCGAGGGAGAUGUCAGGGGAUAAGUUGCGAAUUCUCUCAGUCUCGAACAACUGGGUUUCCGGGGAAAUACCGCCCGCAAUAGGGAAUUUCAAGAAUCUGCAGACUCUGUCCUUGGAAUCCAACAGAUUCUCCGGGAAAAUCCCGGCAGAGCUUUUCAGUCCCCAGAAUCUCUCCAAGGUGAGCAUUAGCGGGAACAAGCUCACUGGAGAGAUCCCUGACUCGAUCUCUCAAAGCCCGACUCUGGGUUUGGUCGAUUUAAGCAGGAAUAAACUUGGAGGAGAAAUUCCAAAAGGGCUCUCGAACUUGAAGAUCCUGAGCGUGCUCAAUUUUUCUUGGAACAGGCUCACCGGAGAAAUACCGGAUGAGAUUCGUGUCAUGACGAGCCUCACCAGUCUUGAUUUAUCAAACAAUGACCUCAGUGGAAGAGUUCCCCUAGGUGGCCAGUUUUUGGUCUUCAAUGACAGCUCCUUCGCAGGGAACCCAGGUCUCUGCUCACCCCGCCAUGGUCCAUGCCCGUCCCCUCUGAGCUUUGCACGGAAUCACACAUCCUUCACUUCCUUGAAGGUUAUAAUUACAGUAACCGGUCUUGUCACCGUCAUGCUGUUCAUAACUGUGACCGUUUAUGUAAUGAGAAAGAGGCGAUUAGAGAGAUCAAGGUCUUGGAAGCUUACUGCGUUCCAGCGGCUUGAUUUCAAGGCAAAGGACGUGUUGGAGUGCUUGAAGGAUGAGAAUAUUAUUGGGAAAGGUGGUGCUGGAAUUGUGUAUAGGGGGUCUAUGCCAUACGGAGUUGAUGUUGCAAUCAAGCGGCUGGUAGGGCGGGGCGGUGGGUGCAAUGAUCAUGGCUUCUCCGCUGAGAUUCAGACCUUGGGCCAAAUCAGGCAUCGAAACAUUGUCAGGUUACUGGGCUAUGUCUCAAACAAGGACACAAACUUGCUCCUGUAUGAGUACAUGUCAAACGGGAGCUUAGGCGAGCUGCUGCACGGGCCGAAGGGAGGGCACUUGCAGUGGGAGAUGAGGUACCGGAUAGCUGUGGAGGCAGCCAUGGGGCUGCGCUAUCUCCACCAUGACUGCUCGCCCCUUAUUAUCCACAGGGAUGUGAAGUCCAAUAACAUAUUGCUAGACUCGGACUUUGCGGCCCAUGUGGCUGAUUUCGGGCUUGCCAAGUUCUUGCAGGACUCCGGUGCUUCCGAGUGCAUGUCCUCUGUUGCUGGCUCUUAUGGUUACAUCGCUCCUGAGUAUGCGUACACCUUGAAGGUGGAUGAGAAGAGCGACGUCUACAGCUUCGGGGUGGUGCUGUUGGAGUUGGUGGCAGGUCGGAGGCCAGUCGGGGACUUUGGGGAUGGGGUUGACAUAGUGAGAUGGGUUAGGAAGACUGUAUCAGAGCUCUCUCAGCCCUCGGAAGCAGCUUCAGUCUUGGCUGUGGUAGACCCGAGGCUGAGCGGGUACCCGCUGGAGAGUGUGGUCCACCUGUUCAAGACCGCCAUGAGGUGCGUCGAGGAUGAGAGCUGCCGGCGGCCCACCAUGAGGGAGGUGGUCAAUGUUCUCACCAAUCUUCCGACUCCGGCAGUGGCGGAACCGAACCUUCUGUAGGAUUAUAUCUAGCAAACGUGUACUGUAGGCAGGGGAAAUGCCGCCUUUCGGAUGCAGGGUGGAAAAUGUAUGUACGUAUGCAUUUGAUGUGUAAUAAUUGGGCGGGCGGGAGGGGUAUUUUUGCAUAAAUGUCUUGGGGAUUGUGGUAACUAACUACUGACUGCUGUGAUUUUCUUGGUCUUGCAAGCAAAAUUUGCAUCUUAAGCUGAAAAGAAAUUCUCUGUGCUGUAAA